GGUCACUCCAUGAUCUUGUGUUUAUUUUUGCUUUAAAUGAGAGUCUUCAAAGAUUAUUCAUCCAUAUUUUAACAGAAAGGUCAUAAAGAAUUACCAAUUUAACAUAUAUAAACAGUAUCAAUGUCAGACAUUUACAAUCUUCCAGGUUGAUUGUUAUUCUUUGGCUUUCUUUGAUCAACAAGACCUAAUAUAUACAUUUUCUUGUUACCUAGAGUGCACAAAAUAGCAAAAUUGAUGAUCAUCUGCAGAAAUGAUGUCAUCUGUGAAAACUUCUUGUACAUCCACGUUAGGCUACUUGUUAUUGUUAAUUCUAAUCAACAAUUACGCAUGGAACACAUCAGCUUUGAGCAAUCUUGAAGACGGUGUAAAAUUGUAUGUACAAGACAGCCAGGUGGUGAUGGAUAAUGGGUUAGUUCAAGUAAAUAUAUCCAAUCCUUUAGGAUUCGUCACUGGAGUUCAGUAUAACGGUACCGACAACUUGUUAGAAAUCGACAAUGAAGACCAUAAUAGAGGGUACUGGGAUCUGCACUGGAGCCAAAGGGGAACCAGAGGAUCACAACUUUUGAUGCAUGGAACUAGUUUUAAGGUUAUAGUUCAAAAUGAAACUCAAGUUGAAAUUUCGUUCUCAAGAACAUGGAAUUCCUCGGCUUCAUCAUCUCCGUCACAUCAGUCAGACUCAAACAACAGCACAGAUUGGGAUCCCCUCAACUUUGACAUAAGAUAUGUAAUGUUAAAAGGUUCGUCAGGAUUCUAUACGUAUGGCAUCUAUGAGCACCUAAAUGGAUUCCCAGAUUUCAACCUCAAUGGAACUAGGGUCGUCUUCAAGCUUCGUAAAGACAAGUUUCAAUAUCUAGCUAUAAGUAAGACACGGCAAAGACGAAUGCCACUGCCAGAGGAUCGUGUACCACCAAGAGGAAAAGUACUUCAAUACAAAGAAGCAACUCUUCUUGUUGACCCUGUUGAACCAGAACUAAAAGGCCAAGUGGAUGACAAGUACAUGUAUGCACUAAAUAGUGAAGACAUAGAGGUUCACGGGUGGGUUAGCUCUGUGGCCUCUGACCCUUCAGUAGGUUUUUGGCAUAUCACACCAAGCGAUGAAUAUCGAGGUGGUGGUCCUCUAAAGCAGGAACUCACCUCACAUGUUGGUCCUACAUCUCUCACUGUGUUCCUUAGUUCCCACUAUAUGGGCCAGGAUAAGAUACCCAUGUUUGGAAAUGGAGAACCUUGGAAAAAAGUGCAUGGUCCGGUGUUCAUAUAUCUUAAUUCAGCUCCACCCGGUACAAAUGAAAGCGCAUUGUGGGACGAUGCCAAUGAACAGCUGCAACAAGAAGCCCAGAAAUGGCCGUAUAAUUUCCUAGCUUCCACCGACUAUCCAAAAUCUGAUCAAAGAGGCACAGUCAAUGGAAGAAUACUCGUCCGUGAUAGGUUUGUAAGCAAGAAAGAUAUACCUGCAGUAGAUGCUUACGUUGGGUUAGCUUUACCCGGAGAAGUUGGGUCCUGGCAGACGGAGUGCAAGGGGUACCAAUUUUGGACUAGAGCUGGUCUUGAUGGUUCAUUCACAAUUAAGAAUGUACAUUCUGGAGAUUACAAUCUAUAUGCAUGGGUUCCUGGGUUCAUAGGAGAUUACAAGUAUGGAAAUCUCAUUACGGUUAAAGCAGGUAUGUAUAUAUAUAACAAUUUCUAUUCUUUUAAUUACUUCAGUUUUGCGCUGGUUUAUCCAUUCGUUAUUAAAACAGGAGAUUCCAUUGAAUUGGAUGAUGAUCUUGUUUAUGAGCCUCCAAGAAAUGGUACUACAUUGUGGGAGAUAGGUAUUCCUGACAGAACCGCAGCAGAGUUUUUCGUCCCAGAUGUUGACCCUAAAUACGCUAAUCCACUAUACUUAUCGCAAGACAGAUUUAGACAAUAUGGAUUGUGGGAGCAGUAUAGUGUUUUAUAUCCAAGCACAGACCUUGUUUACACAGUAAACAGCAGCACUUACCAGAAAGAUUGGUUCUACGCGCAGGUUACCCGGAAGUUGGGAGAAAAAGUGUACAACUCAACAACAUGGCAGAUUAAGUUCGACCUAGAUAGUGUUGAUCAGGGUACGAUUUAUAAGUUGCGAGUGGCACUCGCAUCCACACAUGGAGCAAAGUUGCAGAUUCGACUCAACAAUUUGAAUACAGAGAUCCCUCAUUUCACAACUGGAGGAAUGCGCAAGGAUAAUGCCAUUGCGAGACAUGGAAUUCAUGGCCUGUAUCUGUUGUUCAAUGUUGAUGUAAAGAGUGAUUGGCUCAAAGAUGGCGAAAAUACCAUUUUUCUUUCACAGGUUAAAGGUGAAGGCCCGUUUCAAGGUAUAAUGUAUGACUAUAUACGUUUCGAAGCACCAGCAAAGGACGAAAGAACAGAGGGAAGAACAAAUGCGGAAGCUAGGCUAUAUUUCUGCACAACAAAAUGCCUGAUUAAUGUUUUCAUCUCCUGUCUUUUAAUAUUCCUUAUGUAAGAUGCGUCGAUAUUAACUACUGCGACUACGCUUGUUGUUAUCGUGAUGUCAAGAAACAUAAAUUUGUUGCGGAUUUCUAUCAUGUUUUUACACCAUUCGAAACAUGAUCAGGACUGGGAUAUUCAUAGUG